AGGUUGGAGAAACACCCUUAAAACAACGAAUAAUACCAAUAAAAUAUGUCUGAGAACGACGGUAGGGAACAUCACCACCAUCAUCAUCACCAUCAUCACCAUCAUCUGACCGACCAGUCUGCAAAUGCUUCUGGCAAUGCUCCUGGAUCGGCUCCUCCCAACGCUGGUGCUCCUCCACCUAAUGCUGCUGGCGGGGUUAGAAUUGGGAAAUAUCAAGUCCUUCAAACCUUGGGGGAAGGAUCAUUUGGGAAAGUUAAGUUAGCACAACAUCUUACCACGGGACAAAAAGUGGCGUUAAAGAUCAUCAACCGGAAGACAUUGGCCAAGUCUGACAUGCAAGGACGAGUGGAAAGAGAAAUAUCGUACCUUCGUCUUUUGAGACAUCCACAUAUUAUCAAGCUUUACGAUGUGAUCAAAUCUAAAGAUGAGAUCAUCAUGGUGAUUGAAUAUGCCGGUAAGGAGCUUUUCGAUUACAUUGUGCAAAGAGGUAAGAUGCCUGAAAAUGAGGCAAGACGUUUCUUUCAACAGAUUAUUGCUGCUGUGGAAUAUUGCCAUAGACAUAAAAUUGUUCAUAGAGAUUUAAAACCCGAGAAUUUGUUACUUGAUGACAAGUUGAAUGUUAAGAUUGCCGAUUUUGGGCUUUCGAAUAUUAUGACCGAUGGGAAUUUUUUAAAGACUUCUUGUGGUUCACCCAAUUAUGCUGCACCUGAAGUGAUUAGUGGGAAAUUGUAUGCUGGUCCUGAGGUUGAUGUAUGGUCACUGGGGGUUAUUUUAUAUGUGAUGCUUUGCGGAAGAUUACCCUUUGAUGAUGAAUUCAUCCCAGCUCUUUUCAAAAAGAUUUCCAAUGGGGUUUAUACACUCCCCAACUAUCUUUCGAGUGGUGCCAAGCAUUUGCUCACAAGAAUGCUUGUGGUUAACCCUUUGAAUAGAAUCACCAUUCAUGAGAUUUUGGAGGAUGAUUGGUUCAAAGAGGGUAUGGAAGAAUACCUUUUACCUCCAGACUUGUCGAAAACAAAACAUAAUAAGAUUGACGUUGAUGAGGAUGUGAUCCGUGCCUUGACCAUGACCAUGGGCUAUGAUAGAGAUGAGAUCCUCCAUGUGAUCAACAAGUGUAACCAACACAAUUCCCCACAACAACAACUGAAUGAGAUUCUUGACGCGUACUUGUUAAUGAAGGAGAAUAGUACCUUGGUUAAGGAUUUAAGACAAUCUCAUAAUGAUAAGAUGGAUGGCUUUUUGUCUCAAUCACCACCACCAACCUGGGGAGGUGUGGGUGGACCAGGUGCCGGCCAGCAGGGCGGGGCUGGCGCCGCGGGGGCUGGGAAUGGCCCCCCACUGCACAGAGCGCCUGGUGUGCAACAAUCUCUCACCUAUCAAACAUUGGCCACCGUUCCUGAUUUAUCUACACUCCCCAAUUCAACGAUAGCAAUCCUCCCAUCAUCUCUCCCAUCGAUACAUCGUGCGGUAAUGGCAGACACGGCAGACCCGGCCCAAGCGAAAAUUUCUCCAGUAUCCACCAAGAAACUGAAAACAAGAUGGCAUUUCGGGAUCAGAUCCAGAUCUUACCCACUUGACGUUAUGGGUGAGAUAUACCGAGCCUUGAAGAACUUGGGUGCCGAAUGGUCGAAACCAACCGAAGAGGAACUUUGGACCAUCCGUGUACGAUGGAAGUAUGGGCCAUGUAUUGUUGAAGGUCAGGAACUGCAACAAAGCCCGGACAUGAUGAAGAUGCAAAUCCAAUUGUUCCAACUUGAACCAAAUAAUUAUUUGGUUGAUUUCAAGUUUGAUGGCUGGGAAAAAGUUGGUGCCAACCCAACUUCAAACCCAGAAGAGCCUUUGGUCAAGCAAGAUGUCGACGAAAUGAGCUCCUUUUCUGCUUAUCCCUUCCUUCACUUGGCCACCAGAUUGAUCAUGGAAUUGGCAGUGAAUAGUCAGAGUGGAUAGACUCGAGCAACUAGAGAAGUCAGAAUGAG